AGUUAUUUGUUGCACAUGUCGCAAUUGAUCUUAACCGUCGAUCCCAAGUCAUCGAUUCAAGAUGGCCUUUCCUACAUCAAAAACAUCAGGAUUCAGGCAUAUUCGUUCCAUGGCUGCUCCUCCCCACGUUGUCGGACUCCUCAACCACCACCCGCCGCCGACGAGACUGGCCCUACCUCGUCAGCAAACUCAGGCCAUCAAGGUUGCGUGUGAGGCGUGUAGGAAGCGAAAAGGCAAGUGUACUGGAGAGCGACCUAGCUGCCGUUUUUGUAACGAGCGGGGUUAUAAGUGCGAGUACGACUCAGAACCGAUGCAAACGCGCUCGCAAGCUCUUCGACGCCAAAACGAGAUACUCGUAAGGGAGAGGUCGCUGUAUGAGGACUUGUACCGGCUUUUAAUGAUCCUACCCAGCGUCGAUGUCACAGAGAUGCUUCAUCAAUUGCGAUCAGGAGCCAAGUUUGAAUCUGUUGUCACGCAGGCGAGGGACGGGGCUAUGCUAUUAGAUUCUUGGGGGCCUCGAGGUUCGACCUCUGCUCCAGCUCCUCUUGAGCAUCGCAGCGAACGGGGAUACUCGGACCGAGGACCCAUAACCUCCGAGUUAUAAAGAAGGGCGAUAUCUGAUGGUACUCGAUGCAGUUCUUUCGGCUUUAUGCCUGUCACAAUGCGCAACAUGACAAACAAGGAAUGGGUGAACUGUCCUCACGGUGCCCGCGUUUACUUUGCCCCUGUC